AUGCCGCUCGCAGAACAUGAGCUCCGCCCCGCGGAGUUGGUGACUGACCAUCUGGAGACGCCAUCUCUGGACGAUCGAAUCUAUCGCGUCAUCCGGCUCCCAAACCAGCUUGAGGCGCUGAUAGUUCACGAUGCUAAGACUGACAAAGCCAGUGCGGCCAUGGAUGUCAAUGUGGGAAACUUCAGUGACGAUGCGGACAUGCCAGGCAUGGCGCACGCUGUCGAGCAUCUUUUGUUUAUGGGCACCAAGAAGUACCCGGAGGAAAAUGCCUACAACCAGUACCUCUCUGCUCACUCUGGCUCAUCCAACGCGUACACCGCGGCAACGUCAACCAACUACUACUUUGAGGUUGGAAGCCGACCAAGUGAUGACCAGGAACCAUCUGCCACGAACCCUUCGCCUCUGAAGGGUGGUCUCGACCGAUUCGCACAGUUCUUCAUUGAGCCGCUGUUUCUCGAGUCAACGCUCGACCGCGAGCUUCGCGCUGUGGAUUCUGAAAAUAAGAAGAAUCUUCAGAGCGACACGUGGCGGCUCAACCAGCUUGAGAAAUCUCUGUCCAACCCUGCACACCCCUACUGCUAUUUCUCCACGGGUAGUCUUGACACCCUGAAGACGAAACCGGAGGCUCGAGGAAUCAAUGUGAGGCAGAAAUUCAUUGAAUUUCAUGAGAAGCAUUACUCUGCCAACCGGAUGAAGCUCGUGGUUCUAGGACGAGAGCCUCUGGAGCUUCUAGAAGCCUGGGUUGUGGAAUACUUCUCGGGCAUCGAAGACAAGAACCUAGAACCCAAUAGGUGGUUGGAUGCGCCGCCGUUGGGACCUGAGCAGCUUGCUACGCAGAUCUUCGCAAAGCCAGUCAUGGACUCCAGAGAACUGGGCCUUUGUUUCCCAUUUCCAGACGAAAACGAGCUCUUUGAGUCGCUGCCUAGUAGAUAUAUCAGCCACUUGAUAGGGCAUGAAGGUCCUGGCAGCAUCAUGUCUUACAUCAAGGGCAAGGGCUGGGCAAAUGGUCUGAGCGCUGGAGCCUACCCAGUGUGCCCCGGAUCCCCUGGAAUGUUUGAAUGCCAAAUUCGACUCACCGAAGAGGGUUUGAAAAACUACCGCGAGAUUGUGAAGGUAUUCUUCCAAUAUGUCGCUUUGCUGCGUGAGACCAAGCCACAGGAGUGGAUCUGGGAGGAACAGAAGGGUAUGGCGGAUGUGGACUUUAAGUUCAAACAGAAAACCCCAGCGAGCCGCUUCACGAGCAAGAUUAGCGCCGUCAUGCAGAAGCCUUUGCCCCGAGAAUGGCUGCUUAGCGGCACCAGCCGUUUGAGAAGGUUUGACCCCAAGGCUAUUCGCGAGGGCAUAGACUGCCUGCGUCCGGAAAACCUCCGGAUCUGCAUUGUGUCCCGUGACUAUCCAGGAAAAUGGGAUAAGAAGGAACAGUGGUAUGGAACGGAGUAUGCCUCUGAGAAGAUUCCAGAUGAUUUCCUUGAGGAGAUAAAGAAGGCUGGCUCGAGCACCGCUGCGGACCGAAUUUCGAACCUGCACAUGCCCCACAAGAACCAGUUCAUACCUACCAAGCUUGAGGUGGAAAAGAAAGAGGUCAAGGAGCCUGCGGUCGCGCCAAAGCUGGUCAGGAAUGACGGCAUGGCGCGUACGUGGUACAAGAAGGACGACCAAUUCUGGGUGCCCAAGGCGAAUUUGAUUGUCAGCUGCAAGAGUCCGGUAAUAUACGCAUCAGCUGAGAAUGCUGUCAAAGCGAGGGUUUUUACGGACCUUGUUCGGGAUGCGCUGGAGGAAUAUUCGUACGAUGCAGAGUUGGCGGGUCUGCAGUACCACGUCUCACUGGAUUCUCGGGGACUAUUCCUCGAGGUCGGUGGGUACAACGACAAACUCCCGGUGCUGCUCGAACAGGUGCUCAAGACGAUGAGAGAUCUGGAGAUUAAGGAAGACCGGUUCGCAAUCAUCAAGGAACGUGUGAGCAGAGCGUACCGGAACUGGGCUCUACAACAGCCAUUCCAUCAGGUGGGAGAGUACACCUACUGGCUGACCACGGAGCACGACUUCACAGUCGAAGAGUUUGCCGCCGAGCUACCAAUCGUUACGUGCGAGUCGACCAGAACUUUCCAGAAAGAAUUGCUCUCGCAACUCCACAUUGAAGCUGUGGUGCACGGCAAUGUGUACAAGGAAGACGCUCUCAGGCUUACAGACAUGCUAGAGCAGAGGCUGAAGACACGCCCGUUGCCAAAAACGCAAUGGCCAAUCUGGCGCUCGUUUCUGUUCCCACCUGGCUCAAACUAUGUGUUCAAAAAGACCCUGGGAGAUCCUGCCAAUGUCAACCAUUGCAUUGAGUACUUCCUAUUCGUGGGUGAAAAGCACGAACACAUGCUCCGAUCCAAGGUCAUGCUACUGGGCCAGAUCCUUCACGAGCCCGCUUUCGACCAGCUUCGGACAAAGGAGCAGCUGGGCUACAUUGUGUUCAGCGGCAUGAAGACCAGCGCGACAACGUUGGGUUUCCGCUUCAUCAUUCAGAGUGAGAAGACGACACAAUAUCUAGAGACCAGGAUCGAAAGCUUCCUGACCGCCUCCGCGGAGACGCUGAGGACGAUGAGCGAUUCAGACUUUGAGGGCCACAAGCGCAGUGUUGUCAUUAAGCUCCUCGAGAAGACGAAGAAUCUUGACGAGGAGACCAACCGCCUCUGGGGCCAGGUAUCUAAUGAAUACUACGACUUUGACCUGCCACAAAAGGCAGCCAGCCAAGUCAAGCAGCUGACCAAGCAGGAGAUGGUGGAUUUCUUCGAUCAUUACAUCAGCCCGACAUCGCCAGCCCGCGCCAAGCUCUCUGUUUGGAUGGUCGCGCAGGCGACUAGUGAUGUGUCGACCAAGCAGAUCUCGGAGCUUGUCAAGACACUCGAUCUCGAUUCCUCGGAGCGUGAGUCCCAGGCGGCCACGGAUCUGCAGGCGCGGCUAAGCGCAGCGGGUCACGACGAGGAGAAGGAGGUGGAAGGUCUCAAGGAGUACCUCUUGCACGAUCUCAAGGUUGCCGAGGCCAAGAUCGACGCUGCGGUAGAGGUGUGGAGAAAGCUGUCACCCACGGCUGACGGUGUGCAAGGUGCCCACGAGGAGCACAACCCGCCGUCGCUGAACGGGACGACCAUCAGCUUCAUUGAGGACCCGAGAGACUUCAAGGCCCGGCUGCCCGUCAGCGCGGGCGCAAGGCCAGUCAAGGACCUGACGGAGUACGAGGAGCUAGAUCCGAAGCUCUAA